UAUACAAUUUCCUUCCAUUUUCAUAACUGCUAAUAAUAAUGACAAAUAAUUAAAUAAUCAUUGUCAUUAGUCUUCUCUAAAGAACGUGCUCACUUUAUGCCUUUCCAUAUCUAUACAGCUUCUUUCUCCGUUUUUGUUUUGGCGAAAUUCUGAACUUUUGUCGUUGACGGAUGUUCUCUGAAUUGAAGACCGUACUCUAGUUACCAUCAUGAAUUCAAUACUGGAUCGCGUAGCUAAAGACUGUGGUAGACGGAAUAGCUCAAGUGCGUCCACUAGUGGGGACAUCUUUGAGCCUUUGUCAAGUAGUAAUGCUAAGCAACGGGGAAUUUUGGUAGAGUGGAUAAACAGUCUUCUUCCUCACUUAAGUUUGCCCAUAAAUGCUUCUGAUGAGGAGUUAAGAGCAUACUUAGUUGAUGGUACAAUCUUGUGUCAAUUAUUGAACAAGCUGAAACCAGGUUCCAUACCAGAGUUUGGUGGUUCAGGUCAUUCUUUGGGGUUAAGCUCAGAAAAUAUAAAAAUGUUUUUGGCAGCUAUGGAUGAAAUGGGCCUUCCCAGGUUUCAAGCAUCAGAUCUAGAAAAGGGAUCCAUGAAAAUUGUUCUGGAAUGCCUUUUAACACUUCGAGCAGAAUUUAUGAAUGUUGGAGGAGAUGGUUUUAACACACCAUUAUCUCGUAAAUCUAGUUCUGAUGCAAGUACAAGAUGUAAACAGUUGGGAGAAACUUUUGGAUGUGCCGAUGUAGCUUACAGACAGGAAUUGUCGAGUACUCAUUCUUCCCCAUCCUCAACAGAAGGGAAACGAAAAAUAGGAUCAGAUUCAAAAUUCCAGCGUGCUUUGAGAAGUCCUGUAAUGGCAGAGCCAUCAGCUGCGUUGUUACAUCACGUUGGACAUAAAUUCCAUGAAGUAUUUCAGCUUAAACAAGGGGGCUAUGCUGAUCUUCCGCCUUCAAAGAUUUCCGAAAUGAUGAAAUCUAACAGUUUGGAUAUUGCCCCCACGCAGUCACUUCUCAGUGUUGUGAAUGGGAUUCUUGAUGAAAGCAUUGAGCGGAAGAAUGGCGAGAUACCUCAUCGUGUAGCAUGCUUGUUGAGAAAAGUAGUGCAAGAAAUUGAGCGGCGAAUCUCAACUCAAGCUGAACAUCUUAGAACGCAAAACAAUCUAUUCAAAACUCGUGAGGAGAAAUACCAGUCACGGAUAAGAGUCCUGGAAGCCCUUGCAACUGGGACUAGUGAAGAGACACAGAUUGUAAUGAACCAGCUUCAGCAGAUUAAGAAUGUAAAAAUCAAAAUGGAGGAGGAAAAGAAAAAUGAGGAUCAGGAUGUGGUUAGAUUGAUGAAGGAGAAGGAUGAUCAUAGUCAAGAGAUUGCAACUGUAAAGCAAGAAAUGGAAAUAGCUAAGAGAACAUAUGAACAACGCAGCGUAGAAAUGGAAAAAGAGGCCAGAGAAGCUCAGCAAAAGCUUGAGGAGAGGUUGAAAGAGGUCGAGAGCCUUUUAAAAGAAUCAACAAACAGAGUGAAAGAAAUCGAGAUGUUUUCUGAAUCAAAAUCACAGAGAUGGAGCAAGAAGGAGAAUGUUUACCAAAUAUUCACAGAAUUCCAGCUUGGUGCACUACGUGAGCUGAGGUUUGCCUCUCAGUCAAUAAAGCAAGAAAUAGUGAAAACACAAAGGAGCUACGCAGAGGAAUUCAAUCAAUUAGGUGCAAAAUUUAGAGCGCUAGACCAUGCAGCUGCAAACUACUCUGCCGUCCUUGCUGAGAAUCGCAAACUACACAAUGAGGUCCAGGAGUUAAAAGGAAAUAUUAGAGUGUAUUGUCGUAUAAGGCCAUUCCUUCGUGGACAAAAGGAAAAACAGACAGUGGUUGAAUACAUCGGAGAAAAUGGGGAGCUAGUUGUUGUCAAUCCUUCCAGACAGGGAAAAGAAGGCCGUAGGUCUUUCAAGUUUAAUACAGUCUACAGUCCAACUGCAACACAAGCUCAAGUGUAUUCAGAUAUUCAGCCCUUAAUACAGUCUGCGCUCGAUGGUUUUAAUGUAUGCAUAUUUGCCUAUGGUCAGACUGGCUCAGGAAAAACGUACACCAUGACUGGCCCUGAUGGAGCAAGCGAGGAGGAUUGGGGAGUCAAUUAUCGAGCUUUGAAUGAUCUUUUCAGAAUUUCUCAAAUGAGAGAGAGCACUUUCAAGUAUGAGAUCAAAGUUCAAAUGCUGGAAAUAUAUAAUGAACAAGUUCGUGACUUACUGUCAAGUGAUGGUUCUCAAAAAAGACUUGGGAUUUUAUCUACCUCUCAACCCAAUGGGUUAGCUGUCCCAGAAGCAAGCAUGUUCCCGGUCAAUGGAACCUCUGAUGUCUUAGACUUAAUGGAUACGGGAUUGAGAAAUCGAGCAAAAGGUUCCACUGCCAUGAAUGAAAGAAGUAGUCGAUCACACAGCAUCGUGACUAUCCAUGUUCAUGGGAAGGAUAUAAAGAGUGGUUCAUCUAUGCAUAGUAGCCUUCAUUUGGUGGAUCUUGCUGGAAGUGAAAGGGUAGACCGCUCUGAGGUGACGGGAGAUAGACUAAAAGAGGCACAACAUAUAAAUAAGUCAUUGUCUGCUUUAGGGGAUGUCAUCUCAGCUUUGGCACAGAAGAAUGCUCACAUUCCAUACAGAAACAGCAAGCUCACUCAAGUCCUUCAGACUUCAUUAGGUGGUCAAGCAAAGACACUUAUGUUUGUGCAGCUUAACCCUGAAGUUGCUUCAUAUUCAGAAACCAUGAGCACAUUAAAAUUUGCU